UUCUUUGUAUUUUAAGUUUUGAAUUUCUCACAGCAGGGACUCUGAACUAUAUAGAUUAAAUUUGCAACAAGCUAAUUUCUUUCAUCUUGCUAACUUUUUGGGGAGCAUUUGUUUUGGUAGAUUUAGAUCAGGGCUGUCAAACUCCCAGCGCACAGGCCGGAUGUGUCAAAUGCUGGCCAUGCCCAUGCCCAAUUUAACGAAGGGGGAAAAAUAUCCCGAUACAUCACGUGACACCACCGUGACGACGUGAGUUUGACACCCCUGGUUUAGAUCGUGUGCAACUCUGAGCAUAAUAUAAUUGAGCAGCUUGUUGUGACUUUCCCAGUUAUUCAGAAAUCAUAAAUUAAAUAACAUAGAGAUGCAGUGAUUAAAAUUUUUGCACUGUAUGAUUUUUAAAAAAAUAUAACCCUGAUAAUAACAUCCCAGGUCAAGUGACAAAAGAAUCUAGGUCUGUUCCUUUCGCUAAUGGUUGCUAGCUUUUCUGUAUGUAAGAAGUACAGGUAGUUCUCAACUUACAACCACAAUUGAACCCAAAAUUUAUGUUGUUAAAUGAACUUUGUCCCAUGUUAUGACUUUUUCUUUUUGCCACAGUUGUUAAGUGAAUCACUGCAGUUGAUACGUUAGUAACCCGGUCGUUAAAGUGAAUCUGGCUUCCCCAUUGACUUGGUUUGUCGGAAGGUCGCAAAAGUGGAUCAAUCACGUGACCCCAGGACACAGUAACAGUCAUAAAUACGAACCAGUUGCCAAGCAUCUGAAUUUUGAUGACAUGACUGUGGGGAUGCUGCAAAGGUCAUAACUGUGAAAAAUGAUCAUAUAUGUCACAUUUUUCAGUGCUGUUGUAAGUCGAGGACUACCUAUAUUUAUACACACAAGCAAUGCAGGUUUCAGUUGUUUUGGAAUUCAGCUUGGACUAGAGAUGAUCUCUGAACUGGGCAUCCAGUAGAAGAUAUUCUGAUGUUAGACAUAUAAUACAAAUUAUAUAAAGUUUGCAUCAUUCCCAUCGUGGCUCAAAUGUCACGCAGUGUGUGCAUGUGAUGUCUUGCCCUUUGCCUCCCCUUGCAGAUGCUCUGAAAUCACGUUGUGCUAAUUACAAUGUUUAUAUUCCAAUGGGCUUGUAUAGGACAACUGUCUUCAAGCUUAUCUUUUCGCAACAGUAGUUCAUUUUUGCGUUCAAAAUAGCUGUCACUUGGACAGUUAGCAAUAAUUCUGAACAUUUCUUGACAUUUGGCCUUUUAAAAGGUCAGGUAGAUGAAGUGGAAACUCAGAGGCGGUAUUUCUCUUCUUAGGUACAAAUUGCUAAUUGAAGCCAUCUUGGAAGUACUGUAGUCGUAUUCUACUGGUAAAUUGGAGUUGUUUCUUUUCAGGCUAUUUAAUUUACAAAUAUAUGACCCAAGAAAUGUACUUUUGAGGCCUUACUUGCUAGGCUGGGCUAAGCCCACCCCCACACCUUUCCCCUCUUGUCACUCAUUCUCAUCAUUUCUGGGAAUACACAAAUACCUCUUUUUCUUAUCAAUACAGCCGCUUUAAAUGAGCCUAGUGGAUUUAGAUUUUAUGUGCUGUCCUAUAUAACUGCUUUUGUAUCUGCUGCAUCGUUAAUGCUAAUUUACUAGGAUGAAUACUUUGGACUAUAGUAAACAACUCUUGGGUUUAUUGAAAUGGAAAUCCAGCUUGCAUGUCUUUGAAGCAUCCAAAUAACCAUUUGGCUUUCAAAUGGAAGAAAGCGGCAUAGCAUUAUCUCCUUGAUUCAUUAAGCUUGUCUAUAAAAUUGAAACAUUCAAGCAGAUUCAGUGCUACUCAUACAUUUAAUUGUCAAGGAAAUUUUAAAAUUCUGAUUACUAAUUAUUUUUUUGAAAGUGACUUGUAUGUUUAUAAACAUAAUGGUUUCUCUUUCCCCAAUUUGUUUAACAUAAGUUCAUGUUACUGUUGAGGUGAUUAUAAAUUGUGCUUAUACGUAAGGGCUAAAACACUUAAAUACUCAUAAUGCAGCUCAUAAUACGGCUAUGGAGGUGUUUCAGGAAUAAAAUGCUUGGGUAAUCUUCCCUAAAUCUGCAACCCAUUAAUGUAACCACUUAGAAACCAACACAAAAAGUAAUUGGUCAAGAGGAACAAUGAUCCUUACAGAGAACUUUAAAAAGCAAGUUAGAUAUUACCUAGGUCUUGCAUAAAGUGACAGUAGGGUAGUUAAUCUGGAAGAUUUCCCAUAUUUUAUAAUCACUAUGGUGAAAUAUGAUUAAUUUAAGGAAAAGAUUGAUCUAGAUUAGAUUUCACAAAAUGGAGUAUUGAAUUUGGCUACUGGCUUGAAUAGUGUGUGAUGUACUGCUGUAUUUAUAAGCAUUUAGCUAGAAUGAUCACACAAAAGGAGAAAUCAGACCAAAGGAAUUUUUUUUCUGUUCCAUAAAUGCUGAUAAUUGGAAUUUCUGGCACCAAAAAGGAGAAGACAAAAAAUGAAACAGAUGACCAUGUCAAGAGAAGGGUUGUUCUAGCCUGAGCAGGUGCCAUGGAAUAAACCACAAGCUAUUACUUUAAGUCCCAUCUGGAUUGAAGAGUUUUUCUUCUUUGUGCCACCAUAUUAAAAUGCAAAGCCAGUCUGCUUUGAGUGCCAAGGCACAGAGGAAUUCUUUAAACCUGCCAACCUAAAGACACCACUUUGAAACCCAGCGUAAAAACACUGAAGCAAUCCAAAUUCUUUAGCAACACAUGACAAGAACAUACUUUGGAAAACCUGACAUCAUUUUCAUGAGGACAGCAGGCAAAUAUAUUUCCAGCCUGGUUUAAACCAGCUCUCUGCAAAUAUCCUCGUGGAAAACAAUGGAUUCUAGUCUAGCUGUAUUCUGCACUCUUGGGAGCCCCUUUUUGGAGGCAUCCAGUUCCCGAAGCCAUUAUCAUCCCUCCCAGGCCCAGCCGUUGAGGCAGAAGAAGCAACAGACGGUUCUGAGCCCAUCUCGUUUGCAACAUAAGAAGUGCUCUGUCCUUCCUGAGGAGCCAGAACCAUUGAGUGCUUCAUCCCCUCAUUUACUGCCUGACUCCAGCUCCCAUGAGGGAAAGCCCCCUAAAUCGAAUUCCACAAGCCCCUUCAAUGAGUCAUGGCCCUCAACUGAGCACAGUUCUUCUUCCCUGACUUCAGAAGGAAAAAAGGAUCUUCCAGCACAGCAUUCAUCAGAGGCUAAGACCCUGGAUGCACAAAAGCUCCCAGAUUCUGCCUCAGACAGUGAAUCCAUUAUUGCCAAGUAUAUUGAGCGGUUUCGCUACGGGAAGCCCACUGAUCGUAAAGAGCGCUUGGCAUCUAGCGGCGGUUCAACUGAGUUCUGGUGGCUUAGCCACUCAUUUCUCCCAGAUGGAGAAUACUCUAAGAAGGAAGCAUCGCUAUCGUCAGAUAGCAGCCAAAGUGAAGUGAGGUCGUCUCUUUUCAGUCCCAUCCUGACUCAAACUGCCUUGGGAGAAAUGCAAGCCGCUACCGCAUUUGACGCUGAGACAGUGAGCCUGCAGGAAAGAGCAGCUAGGGUCAUAAGCAGAAGCAUCUCACCACUGAGUAGUUUCAGGCCUGUAAGCUCUGAGGGGUUUGAUUCUACUGCUACAUCCACCAACCCAAAUAGCACCCCAGACUUGCCUCAACAUGCUCUACAACACCCUGCAGCACACCAAGUCAAAGAAAGCUUAGUUCUUCCUUAUCAUACCACUCCAAGUUCUAAUAUAGCCCACUCUUUAAAACCAGAAGAUGACAUUCUAUUCCAGUGGCGCCUGCGACGGAAGAUGGAGGAAGCAAGCAAAGUCGUUGCUGCAAUGCCUCCUGAAGUUUGGAGGAAUCUGUGCUUCCAACCAACCUGUGCCUCUGGAAAAAUGGAAAGAGAAGUUCUGAAGUCAACUGAGCCAACCCCUCGGAGGGACACAGACCAAAAAGUGUUGUCAACUUCCGAGUCCCACCUAGAUAUUAAAUAUACCCAGAGUCAGUGCCAUCCUUGCUCCUGUGCAGGCAUGCUGAGGAAUGGAGUCACUUCUGGGCAGCGUAUUGAAAUCAUUUCCCCCAGUAAUGGGAUAGUGGUAACUGGAGGUUCUGAAGGCAGAGAUGAGCCAAUUGUGAAGGAUCCAACCCCACAAAAAGACCAUAUUCCUGAUUACCUGGAAACAUCUCCCUCAAGACCUGCAAAAGCCAAUGAGUCUUUGGGCCAAACAACUUCACGUCAUGUUCAACGGACAGCUCCAUCUGACCAGGGAAUGCACCUGGAACUCAGCAGAAGAUCAGGGCUUUGCAGAGACAAGCAGAGUCAAGCAAAACCAAUUCCAGACCCCAGACAGUCAACACGCAGCCCUACAAAGCAUUCAGUUCAACAUGUACUAUCAGAGGUAGUUGCUGAAAGGCUUUUCUUCCCACCUGAUUCUCCAGCUCUUCCUCGUGACAAACCAAAGAGAAGCUCAAGAACUUUGGGUCCAGAGAAGGCUAUUCCAAAGAACGCUGUCACUCCCACCCAUCCCCAACUCCUGAACAUGGCUGCUCAACUGCUGGAGCAGGCUGAAGACUCAGAUGGCUUGGAAUUUGAAGACGACCCUCUAUUACAAGUGUUGAGAGGUCAGAGGGAAUCGUUGCGCAACGAGCUUCGAGCUGUGGAUUUCCAGAUCACUCAGAUGGAAAGUAACUCCUUUGAUCAGGGCGUCUCUCACCGAUGACCACCUCCUGUGCUUUCUUUGUUGAACCCUGGGUGGUUUAAGGUCCCUCCCUCAAGGCAUUGCCCAGCAUUAUCAGGCACUUCAGGAUGAAUUCAGUCAAAGGGUUUUGAAGGUGCUUUUUAUUUAUUUAUUUUAUUAACUCUAGUGGUUUUUGAUGUCUGCCUGCCCUUAGCAGGCCAGCAUUUUCCUAGAAGAUAUUUUGGGAUUGCAGAAUAGCCAAGCGAUGAUGUGUAGGGAUGCCUCCACUUUAUAUUCAGUGUGCUGUUUCCAUGGUUUCGGUGUAUAUUUCACAUUGCAUUUAAAAUAAAUGUGUAUUUUUGGAUCAAAACAAAUUGUGAUAAUUUGCAGUGUACUCUAGCCAGAUACAUUGCGUCUAAUGAAAAGUGGAUCAAUGGAGUUCAAACUCAUUUGUCUCAGAGAAAUGGGAAUGAAUAUUUCCUUGUACAAAGAACAAAGGGAAUCUUUUUGGGAAGGGGGAAAAGAGUAUUUGUUUUGGAACAGAAAAGAAGGCUAAAGAUCUCACCCUCGAACCCAAAUUAAGUUUAGCUUGUUCCUUUUUUUUAAUUCCAUCUUUUCAGUUGAUAGUCCAUCAAACAUCAAAAUAUUUUCAAAAAUCCAUAAAACCCGUUAUGACAUCUUUUAGUAAAAUAAUUAAACCUGCUGGGAAACCAAUAUGAGAUCAAAAACAGUACGAGAAUUCAAGUUGGAGAAGACAGGAAAAUAAACAGAUGAACAGAAUCUACAAAGGAAAAUAAAUACAGGCCAGCUUCAGUCUGAGAAGGAUGUCUCACACAGUUAUGGGUCUUUUAGUUACGGGGUCAUGAUUCUUGCCUGCCAAACUUAUUUAUACAUAAAAAAAUUGUUAAUUGUCUUGAGCAUUGGGUGGGAAACAAAUUUCCAAAGUGCAGGUUCAAGCCCACAAGUCAGAUUUCUAGAUACUUUUGCAACUACUGAUUUAUUGAACGUACCUUACCCAACGGUAUGCAAGUUAACUUCAGUUGCAUUCAAGUGUGAACUGCUUCUAUUGUUUUUCUAGACUUUCUCCUUUUAUAGCUUACUCAACUGUCCUCAUACAAUUUUUUUAAAAAAUGUUUUAUUGCAAAUAAACCUGCUUUAAAUA